AUGGGAGAAGAACUAAGCUGCGAGACACCACUUGGGAUUCCAAUCAUAGAUUUCUCAAACAAAGACCUGAAGCAAGGCACCCCUGAAUGGGAUUCAGUGAAAAUUCAAGUCCGGAAAUCGCUUCAAGAAUUCGGCUGCUUUGAGGCUUUGGUCGAUGAAGUUCCUCUAGAGCUUCGGGAGGCAGUAUUUGGAGCAUUGAAAGAGCUUUUUGACCUCCCGUUGGAAACCAAAAUGCUCAAUGUUUCUGAGAAGCCCUAUCAUGGAUACCUCGGGGUACACCCUGCAAGGUCGCCACUGUAUGAAAGCAUUGGCAUCGACGAUCCAAACAUGGAGAAUGUAGAAGGCCUGUCCAACAUCAUGUGGCCGGAAGGAAACCCAACUUUCAGCAAACCGAUACAUUAUUUAGCGGAGCAAGCAUUGGGAUUGGAACAAAUGGUUAGGAGGAUGAUUUUGGAGAGCUUAAGUCUUGAGAAAUACAUGGAAGAGCACAUGGACUCGAAUUAUUACCUUCUUAGACUCAUGAAAUAUAAAGGGCCUGAAACCACCGAGGCAAAGCUCGGACUGUAUGGUCACACGGAUAAGAAUAUUAUGACCAUAUUGUACCAAAACAACGAUGUUCAUGCAUUACAGGUUCGAACCAAAGAUGGCGAAUGGAUACACGUGAAACCCUCUCCACGCUCUUUCAUCGUGAUGAUUGGGGAUCCUCUCAAAGCAUGGUUAAAUGGUCACAUGCACUCUCCUUUUCAUCGUGUGAUGAUGAAGGGAAAUGAGACAAGAUUCUCAACGGGACUGUUUUCCAUCCCAAAAGCCGGCUACACAAUUAAGGCCCCGGAGGAGCUAGUGGAUGAACAACAUCCCUUGCUCUUUAAACCCUUUACCAAUGAUGAAUUUUUGGGAUUCCUUUACACCGAGGCUGGCCAAACAGCUGAAUGCGCUCUUACAGAUUAUUGCGGUGUCUAG